AUGGAUAAUUUUUCUGCCACAUCUUUCUAUAGAGAUAGUAGUAGCGGCAAGCGAGCCAUGGGCAAGUCUUACGAUGGUGAUGACCUCCUCACUAAGAACCUCAUGUUGUCAAUAGAUUAUGAGAUCAAGAAGAAGAGACGAACUAAGAAAACUCCUAAGGCCGAAAAAUACAGAAGGAUUUAUAAAUAAGCUACAAUUCUUUAAGUACUUCUCUCUAGCGGUGUAUGUUUUGCUCGCUUUCUUUGAGAUCCCAACUUGGUGUAUUGAGAACGAGAAAGUCAAAGACUAUUCCACCUGAGAUAAAGAGGUUUACCCAAAUUCUGGGAUUCCUAAAAUUCCCUUCCUAAUGGGAAAUAUCUUAUCGAUAGUCCUUCUUCUGAUACUUGUGUUUUUCGUGUUGUUCAGGAGAACCUUUAAGAUAAUCUCUUAUCAUUCAAAAGUACGAGAAAUUUCGUUGAUAAUCCUCAGUAUCAUUGCUAUUGUUGAUAUCAUCAUUGCACAAACGCUUAAACAAGGUCCUUAUCUAAGCAGAGUGGUGCGAGUAUUUAUCACAUUCAUAUUCCUCAGAUCCUUAAGAGAAUCUGUACGCCGGAUCAUUUUAGUAGUCUAUGACUCGAAAGAAAUCGUUGUGCUCAUCAUUGGAUACAACAUUUUCUUCGGCUGGAUAGGAACCAUCCUAUUCCAAGGAACUCAGGAAGGAGAGGUUUAUUUCUCCUCUCUUUCUGAGGGGUGUUGGAAUUUGUUGAUUUUGCUGACAACCGCUAAUUUUCCUGACAUCAUGCUGCCAGCUUACCAUUCACAUAAAUUGUAUUGUGUAUUCUUUGUGAUCUAUCUCAUUGUGGGCCUCUUCUUCACAAUGAAUCUGAUCCUGGCCUCGUUUUAUAGCACUUAUAAGAGCCGAGUUGAGAAAUCUUUGUAUGAUUUUGUAGAAGAGAGAAAUGAGUAUCUCCAAAAGAAGUUUGAGCAAUAUGAUGUUCAAAAGACUGGUAAGCUGAAAAUCAAGCAGCUAAGAAGCCUACUUGAAGAUAUCCUAGUUAUGACAGACAAGAAGGAUGAAAAAUCGCAGAUCACCUUGGAUAGGAUAGUUAAUACCUUUAUGAGCAAAUGCGGGAAGGAUUUUGAGAUUUCAUUGAAGGAUUCGCAGCCAAAUCUACAUAAAGCCUCUAGUUUCUCAAGAAAUAACACUACGACCAUAACGUUAGAAAACUUUAUAGAUUACUUUGAUCUGGUAGAUGUAUUAAAGAUCCAAACACAAGAUGUGCCGUACAAAUAAAGUAGAGUCAACAAAAUGAAAUCAGUUUAUGAGGAGGCUGCUCAAACAUCCUUUCUAUGAGUGUGUAGUAAGCAUCAUCAUCUCUCUGAAUUUUGUAGUUCUGCUAGGCAUAGAUAUCACUGACUGGAUCUCAGAAUUAAUGCUAGCUCAAAUAAUCAUCAAUUUCGUGUUCCUAUUCGAGCUCAUGCUCAUCUUCUUUAGCUAUGGUAUAUCCUAUGCAUUAUACUCAAGGAACUAUGUGAGACUAGAGCUAUUUUUGCAGAUUAUUAAUAUCCUGACAUUGUUUAACUUCGGCUAUUCUGGUGAAGGAAUGGGUCUCAUUAAGACUCUGCAAAUAACCAUUAUCUUGAGAGCCCUGAGGAUGCUGAAGCUACUCAAGGAGGUGCACCAAUGGAAAAUGAUAAUACACACCGCAAGUGCAUUAUUGAGCCCUAUCUAUACUCUGUUAUUUGUUACUUUUAUGCUGUUCUUCUUCUUUGCCAUAAUCGGAGACAGAUUAUUUGGAGGAAAGAUCUCAAAUAAAGAAGAACAAAUUUUUAAGGAUUCUAGCGUCCCUGAUAUCUUUGUAGAGAUGAACUUUAAUGACCUGGGAAGCAGCCUUCUUACUCUCUUUGCGCUUAUGGUAGUAAACAACUGGUUCUUGAUAGUUCAAGUGCAUGUAAAUGUAAUGGGAUCUAAGCAUGCUAGAUGGUUCUUUAUCUUCUUUUACUUCGUGUCAGUCGUAGUCAUGCUCAAUAUUGUAGUCGCGUUUGUCUUAGACAUGUAUGGAAGCGUUGAAUCUCUCUACUCAAAGAAGCAAAAAGAUAAAGAAGAGGAGAGAAAGCUGCAAAGCUUCUUCUCUGCUAAAAGUCCCAAUAUGAGCUACUGUGCUGAUGAGGUUCGCAAAGCAUUACCUUUGGAGGAGCAAGAGUUUCAGGACUUCUUAGUACCUAAAAAGACUUUCCCUCGGCGAUUGAAAGAGAGUAAAAGCAAUACUAAUUUGAAACACCAAUCUGCUCUUGAAGAGGAAAAAUUAAUAAAUCAAAACUCGCUCAAUGAUUAUUUUGAUAACGGAGUUAAGAUGAAAAUCACUAAUUUGGAAGACGACAUUCCGUAUUUUGAUAGCAAGGAAGACCCAGUCGAGCCUCAGUCAUUCAAAAUCCCGAUGAGAGUUAACAAAUCAGAUGAAGACGAUGAUGAAUAUGACCUCAAGAAGCACAAUUCAGAGAAAGUACUGGAUCUUAGAGCGAGGAAUUUCAGCUUCUUUGAUGCUGAGAAUGAUAAGAAAUAACCAUAUUUCUCACAAAUGGCCUUAACCUGACUGAUUAUUACUGGAAUUUCUGGUAGAGGUGUCCAUGUCAUUGAUAGGUCAUGGGGAGAUCCCUGGAUUUCUUCAUUAGUAAUUACCUUAGAAGGCCGAGCAGUCUUGUAAGAGCCAUAUUCA